AUGCCCAACCAGGAAGUGGUUAUUGUCGGAAUGGACGCAAAUGCGAAGAUGGGACUAGAAAAACAAUCCGAUGUGCUAGAAAAAUGGUAUUAUCCAGCGGGCAAUGAAGAAUCAGCGACGCCAUCAGCUCACGUGGCACGGUCAACCUUUUUAACGCUUGAAGAGCAGCGCAAGCUUCAAGAUACGGUUCCAGAAGAGAAACCGAGCAGUUCCUCUUCAACCAAAAAUCGACAUGGCAGCACGCUGCAAGGGAAACGCAUCCUGUUCUAUUACCGCGGAGGAAGUUUGCUUUUGGAUCUGCGAAAUGAAAAUCCACGUACAAUUCUAGUGAACUUGCAUCGUCAAUUCCAACGAGACCGCGAUAGCGAGUGGACGUCGGAAGCGAAGGAGUUUGAAAAGGUGUGGGAGGACAAGAACCCGCCGAAUGCCUAUCCUUUAUUAAAGAAGUAUAGCGGCGAGAUGAAAAGAUGUUCUCCAGUCCUCAACACAGCUAGUGGAAAGGCCGUUCUUCUCAACGCGCUCCGCGUCGUACCAGAAAAGUUCGUUCGCUUGCUUGAUGACAUGAAUCAACGAACUGCUGCAGUUCGAACACUUGCCGGAUGUACAACACCGUGUGAGGUGGUAACUGGGGCAAGACAAGAGCCAGUAGCAGGACCUCUCCUGUUCAUCUUCGCUAUCGACAACAUCAUGCAAAGAACAGUCGACCAGUGUCCUGCCGACAUCGUCUUAGCACCAUCAGGGUGCCCCUUGACUGAUCUCGAGUAUGCCGACGAUGUUGUUAUAUUCGCGGAAAGCAGUACGAAACUUCAACAUGUUGUCAACCUUAUAUCGAAGUUGGCUGCAGCCUAUGGACUGCGUCUACUCCCUGACAAAUGCCAUUUACGCGUACACGCGGAAAGGAAGCUGCUUAGACAGCUGCUUGGCUACUUUUGGCCUAGGGUAUGCCACAAUGAAGAUCUUUACGCAGAAAUUGAUGUGGUAUACCGGCGGAUGACAAGUGGAAGACAUCAACAUCUUGCACCGCCAUCGAAAACUGAGCUGGUGAAACAGGAUCUGAGGAUACUCGGCGUGGAUAGGCAGUUCAGGCGAGACGCAAGGUUUCGCAGGAUAUCGAAUAGCGACGAAUGGAUCGAUUCCGUGCGAGCUCUCGCAGAAGAUAGAGAACGUUGGGCUUGUUCAAAGACGACACACUUCGGCGAAGAUGCGGUCACAAAUCUUGCCAUUCUUUGGCAGAAAGUGGUUAUCGCUAUUGUGGAUAUGUCACUACGGGACUUCCAUUUUUCUUUGAAACUCUCCAUUGCAUCGUCAAUUUUCUGCCGGCGCAUCUCUCCUCUCUUGAGCAGAGAUUUUGACGCAUGCGCAUUCUGA